AUUUUAAAUAAGAUAUAUAAAAUCUAUUUAAUUCAACAGUAGUCGUGUACAAUGCGCAGUAAUAAAUAGUCAGAUGAAUAGCAGCACCUGGAAUCUAAAAUGGCGGCGCCUUCUGUGUUUUUGUUGAUGGUGAGCGGACAAAUCGAGUCUGCUGAGUUUCCAGAGUUCGAUGACAUCUACUGCAAAUACUGCUUUUCAUAUGGCCUGGACUGGGCAAUUACGUCGGGUCUAGAUGAAAGUAUUACACAAAUUACAAAAAAGAGCAGAGACAAACAUCAGCGAUUUGUUUGGAACUUUCCAAUUGAUGCCACUUUCAAGAGCACCAGUCCUUCAGGCUGGCCUCAGCUAGUUGUCUACGCAUAUGGACUUGAUGCAUUCGGCACUGAUGUUGUCCGUGGUUAUGGAGUGUGUCACGUACCCAUCACACCAGGAAGACACCGCCUAAAGGUCCCAAUGUUCGUGCCGGAGUCAUCCUCCCUGCUGCAGAAACUGACAGCCUGGUUGUUAGGGCGGAGGCCGGAGUUCGUGAACCCACGAGUGGUGGCUCAGGGAGAGGGACGGGAAGUGACCCGAGUUCGAUCCCAGGGCUUCGUGACAGUCUCCUUCAACAUCAUCACCAAAGACAUGAAGAAGCUGGGCUAUGACGUGCUGCCCUCUGACGUCAUGAACCCGUCCAUACCGGAGGGGGUGAAAGGCGCCGGCCCUACUCCCGGCACCUCCACGGCUUAGCAGUGUGCCAGAUACCAGGGGCGUCGGCUGUGGGGUGCUUGGGGGCAGUUUUGGUUGUGUGUGUGUGUGUGUUUGUGUGUGUGUGUGUGUGUGUGUGUGUGUGUGUGGAAGCUAGUGUG